AUGGACAAACUCAGAAAGUCCUUCAAAUCUGACCAACGCCAUCCAAACCACCCUGAAGAACGACAAAUUCUCUUGAACCAAAGUGAAAAUCCCAUGGCAUCACAGUCUACUGAUCUGGGCGAUCGUAAAGACGUAGUAAUCAAAAUCACUGGCAAAGAGAACAGUAAACAAACUGAGAUUGCUUCACAAUCGCCGUCGCCGUCGCAGAUUUCCGAUCGUGGAAGUGAUACUACCGGCAAGAUGUGGGGAGACUCUAGCUACGAUUUCUCGAACGAUGUAACGUUGGCUAGAGUUGCGAGAGAGUUCGACUUUACGACAGAUUCACCGUUGUCGCAGCGUUCGCCGUUAUCGAGAAUUCCUGAGAGUCCGAACUACGGUCAAGUUUCGCCGAGGGAAGUGAGGGUUUCUUUCAACGAGACCACGACUGAGUCGGUUCGAAGACGGUCCAAUGCUGGUGCUGAGCUCAUUGGUGGUGAACAACAAGAGGUUUUAGUGUGCAGUUCGAACUCGUCGUUUCGGCAGAAAUCGAGCUGGUUGAGGACGAAGUCGAAGUCGAGGUUGAUGGACCCACCUGAAGAUCAGAGGUCUCAGAGACUCAUGAAGUCUGGUAUGAUCGGAAAAGUUAGUGAAAUUGACGAGGACGACCCUUUCUUGGAGGAAGAUCUACCAGAUGAGUACAAGACGAUGAAGUUCAGUACAUUGGCUCUGCUUCAAUGGGUGAGCUUGAUUUUGAUCAUUGCAGCUUUGGUUUGUAGCAUUGCCAUUCCAUUUUUAAGAAGAAAAACGAUUUUUGAGCUUGAAUUGUGGAAAUGGGAGCUUAUGAUUUUGGUUUUGAUCUGUGGAAGACUGGUUUCGGGUUGGGGAAUUCGAAUCGUUGUGUUCUUCAUUGAGCGUAAUUUUCUGUUGCGAAAACGGGUUUUGUAUUUUGUUUAUGGGUUGAGGAAUGCUGUGCAGAAUUGUAUUUGGUUGGGUUUGGUUUUGAUUGCCUGGCAAUGUAUUUUUGAUAAGAAGGUUGAGAGAAUGACCGAUGGGAUGGUAUUACCUUAUGUGACCAAAAUUUGGGUGUGUCUUUUGGUGGGUACUCUGAUUUGGCUUCUGAAAACACUUCUUGUUAAGGUUCUUGCUUCCUCCUUCCAUGUCAAUACGUUUUUUGAUCGGAUUCAAGAGUCUUUGUUUAAUCAGUAUGUAAUUGAGACACUCUCGGGUCCACCAUUGAUUGAAAUUGAGGAAGAACAGGAAGAGGAGGAGAGGGUCAUGGUUGAGGUUCAGAAGCUUCAGAAUGCUGGGGCAACUAUUCCAGCAGACCUGAGGGCAAAUUUGUUUCCAAGGAGUGGGAAAGGAACACCUCAAAAGAGCCCCAUGUCUGCCACUGGAACUACUAAUACAAAGAGUCCUAGAUUUUCUAGGGUCAACUCUAAGAAGGAGAAGGAUGAGGAGAGGAUCAAAAUUGACCACUUGCACAGGUUGAAUCAGAAGAAUAUUUCAGCAUGGAAUAUGAAGAGGUUGAUGAAUAUUGUUCGAAAAGGGGUGCUAUCGACUUUGGAUGAGCAACUACAAGAGUCAACUACUGAGGACGAGUCUGCAGUGCAGAUCACAAAUGAAAACCAGGCAAAAGCUGCAGCCAAGAAGAUAUUCUGCAAUGUGAGCAACCCAGGGUCCAAGCACAUCUACCUCAAGGAUCUGAUGCGCUUUAUGAGAGACGAUGAAGCCUUGAAGACCUUGCAUCUCUUUGAAGGAGCAAGUGAAAGCAAGGGCAUAAGCAAGAGAGUUCUUAAAAAUUGGGUGGUCAAUGCAUUCAGAGAACGGAGAGCUCUUGCUUUAUCUCUCAAUGACACCAAAACUGCCGUAAACAAACUCCACCACAUGUUGAAUGUCCUUGUAGGACUCCUCAUAGUAGUUAUCUGGCUUCUUAUACUCAAAGUUGCAACUACCCAUUUCUUCAUCUUUUUAAGCUCCCAGCUUCUUUUGGUGGUCUUCAUGUUUGGAAACACAUGCAAGACAACAUUUGAAUCAAUCGUCUUCUUAUUUGUAAUGCACCCAUAUGAUGUGGGUGACCGAGUGGAAGUGGAAGGAGUUCAGAUGAUAGUUGAAGAGAUGAAUAUAUUAACAACUGUUUUUCUGAGGUUUGAUAGCCUAAAGAUCACAUAUCCAAACACUGUUCUAUCUACCAAGCCCAUCAGUAAUUAUUAUCGAAGCCCAGAUAUGGGAGAUUCAAUUGAUUUUUGUAUCCACAUCUCAACUCCCAUGGAAAAGAUUGCCAAGAUGAAAGAAAGGAUAACAAGGUACAUUGAAACCAAGGGCGAUCACUGGCACCCAGCCCCAAUGAUAGUUCUGAGGGAUGUGGAGGACAUGAACAGACUGAAAAUAUCAAUAUGGCUUUCACACAGAAUGAACCAUCAGGACAUGGGUGAGAGGUGGGCAAGGAGAGCUCUUUUGGUUGAGGAGAUGAUCAAAGUGUUCAAGGAGCUUGAUGUCGAGUACCGCAUGCUACCCCUUGACAUGAAUAUCCGCCAUAUGCCAGCCUUGACUUCAAACAGGCUGCCCUCUAUUUGGACAGCCUCUUCUACCUGAUCAUACAUGAAGAAUGACCCAACUUUUGCCAUUUCCUUUCAAACUGGCUCCUGAUCUUCUCUAAUACUUUUUCUCUCUAUUUUCGUCAUUGGUAGAUCACCACCAUGUAUUAUUAAGGGAUUCAUAUAUAUAAAGUGGUUCCACUUGGUUGAUAUACUAAAAAGAAAAAUAAAAUUGUAUUUGAAGAUGUUGUGAUUCAUGUGUGUGAUGAACAAUUAAUGAAACAGAAUAAUAG